AUGCUGCCGCUGCGCUUUGGGGUGUCUGCAGCUCCGGCCCCGCGGUUUGACCUCGGCACCACCCGCUCUGCCCGGGGCACGGGGCCACAGCCAGGCUGCGGGUCCCUCAUCCAUGACCGUCCUGUCCUGAAGUUGCUGGUGCCCGGGGUGUCCCCCCCUCACGCCCAGGGAUCCCCUUGCGGCCGCCCACGUUCCCUGCUCAGGACGCCGCUGUUUGAGGCGGUUGCUCUGCCCGGCUACGCGGCCGUCCUUCGGCGAGGAGCCCGGACGUUCAGCACCGUGGACAGCGGCGGAGAAAGGGGCUGGCGGGGGACAGCAGAGCCGGGAGAGGGAGCGAGGGAACAGGGGGGCCGGGGGAGCGGGGGGCAGCACGACCCAAGGCACCUGCUGGCACCGACCGCUGUCCCGCCCAGCCCCUCUGUCGGGCACUGGAACGGAACCGGACCGGCGGCCUCCGACACCGCGGAGAGCACGGUCUGCCCCGCCGUCCCGCUGCCCCUCAGCCCCUUCCAGCCUCCAGGGACCCGCUCCCCGCCGCCCCCGUGCCCCUCGCUCCCGCCCCCCGCCUCCCGGUGCGUGCCUGGCGCUGACGUCAGCCCGGGCUCCGGGGCCGAUAUAACCCCCGGCCGCGCCGCCGGCUCAGCUCCCGCGGGACGGACCGUGCUGUCUCUGCCGCCAGCACCGGCAGCAAUAGGGAACGGGCACAGCGCACCGGGUUCGGAGGGACCGAGGAUGCGACGGGCGCUGCUCACCCUCCUGCUGCUGCUCGCCCGCCCGCCGCCCGUCGCCGCCCUCCCCGCCACCACCGACGGCUCCGUCCCGGCGGCCGGGAUCGGGGCUCGGGACCGCCCGCUCUGGCCGCCGCUGGCACCGCCGGCCUUGGGGCCGUGGAGAGGGCGGCGGGACGAGCCGCCACUUUCCAUCGACCUCACCUUCCACCUCCUGCGGCAUCUCCUGCUCCUCGCCCGCGCCCAGAGCCAGCGCGCCCGCGCCGACUCCAACCGCCGCAUCCUCGACGCCGUGGGGCGCUGAUCCUCCCUCCGGGACCGCCGGACCCCCCGGGAACCCCCGUAACCCCGGGUCUGCACCGGCCUCUGGCCACCGCCUCGGCCUCUGCGCUGUGGGGCGCCCGGCGCCUCACCGGCAAACGCACCCACACCGGCACCGGCUGCACCCUCCUUAGCCCCGGCGCUGGGGCGAGUGGGAGCGGAACCGGCCCCGGAACGGUCCUGCACCGAUUUGGUAAUAAAACGUGGUGGAAACCCGA